GGACUCACGAGCACGAACCCCGUAAACUCAAGUUCAUCUUCACCUGCUAUUAUUGUUGUUUCUUCGGCAAAAACAAAAAAUGGAUCCUCCGUAUGCACCUUUAAGUGAAUCUUGCGCCAAAGCUUUGGGCGAUAAGGUUUAUGACAAGCGAAAAGUGGCCUCUCAGGAAAUUGAAAAAAUGGUGAUGGAAUUCAACAAUAAGAACAAUAGCGCACAAAUACGAAAGUUAAUAGAGGUGCUGACCAAUGAUUAUGCCACAGCACGGGAUGCCAACCGAAGGAAAGGUGCUCUUAUCGGGCUGGCCGCCACGGGAUUAGGGCUGGGCAAGGAUUCGGAUAAGUAUGUCAAUGAGCUGGUUAUGCCCAUAAUAAACUGCCUGUCCGAUCCAGAUUUGCGUGUGCGUUACUUUGCCUGCGAAUCCCUUUACAAUGUGGUUAAAGUGUCACGAGCUGCUAUAAUUCCAUUUUUCCCAGAGCUGUUUGCGGCCCUUUCCCGCCUUGUCACCGACUCGGAUCAAUCAGUCAAAGAUGCAAGCGAACUAAUCGAUCGUUUGCUAAAGGACAUUGUGACAGAAUCUUCGCAGACAUUUAAUUUAGAGUCCUUUAUACCUCUUUUAAGAGAGCGCAUUUACGUGAAAGAUGAAUUUGCGCGGCAGUAUGUGAUCUCAUGGAUAUCCAUUUUAAAUGCCGUACCCGACUUGGACAUGGUAAACUAUCUCACCGAGAUUCUCGACGGACUCUUUGUUAUGCUCGAGGAUAACACUACUGAGAUUCAACGCAUGUGCGAGACUACAAUUAGUCAAUUCCUUAGGUCAAUAAGAAACGAUUCCUCGUCGGUACGCAUGGAGGAUACCAUCAACACUCUAAUUACCCAUGCUCAGUCGCCUAAUGAGCUAAUCAAGGCUACAGCUAUCACAUGGAUACGAGAAUUUGUACAAAUUUUCGGUCCAAAUGUAUUACCUUAUGCCAGUGGCAUAUUCACGGCCAUUUUGCCAUGCCUAGAAUACAAUGUGGAGUCAAAGCGCAGCAUUAAGGACUGCGCCGUGGUUGUUAACAAUUCAAUGAUGCAGCUCGUAUCAUCCAAAGAACUGAAAACUCAAACCGCUGCUAAAAUAGACUUGCGAUCGAUAAUGGAUGUGCUCUCCCAGUAUCUGACACACAACUCCAAGGAUACAAAGAUUGCCGUGCUGAAAUGGAUACAUCAUCUGUUUACCAAUUUUCCAAAUGAAAUGUCUGAGCAUGCUUCAAACUUAAAUAAUAAUCUAAUGUUAACGCUGGCCGACAACUCAGAUGAGGUGGUACUCCAGAGCUUAUCUGUACUGGCGGAAAUAGUUAACUCGCAAGAUACAAAGGAUCUAGACGAUUUCAACAAAUCACAUUACCGCAAGUUCUUGUUGAGCUUGCUAAAACUCUUCAGCGAGGAAAAACUAAUUCUGGAAAACAGAGCUAGUCUCAUUAUACGAAAACUGUGUGUCCUCCUCAAUGCCGAGUACAUCUAUCGCAGUUUUGCAGAAAUUUUAUCUGAAGAAGUGACUAACUUAAAGUUCGCAUCGACUGUUGUUCGCCUACUGAAUAGUAUACUGUUGACUUCAACCGAGUUGUUUGAAUUGCGAAAUAGUUUGCGAAACAUUUCUAACGACAAGUCCGCAAAUUUAUUUCAAUGUCUUUACAUGAGUUGGGCCAAUUGUCCAGUAUCUACACUUUCGCUGUGUCUACUGGCGCAAAGCUAUCAACAUGUCUCGGAUCUGGUCAUUUUAUUCGCUGAUGUAGAAGUCACUUUGGAGCUACUCGGCGAGCUGGAUAAACUAGUUCAACUUAUAGAAUCUCCAAUUUUCGCUUCGCUACGUUUGACGCUUGUAUCAAAGGCAAAUAAUUGUACCGAUGCUCAACACUUGGCACACGCUCUUUUUGGAAUUCUUAUGCUUCUGCCACAAACAGAGGCUUUCGACACCCUAAGGAAUCGUUUGCAAUGUGUUCCCAAUUAUUGGAAUACACCAAUCACUACGGAUCAUCGAGAUUCAUUGGAACAUCAGAGUGGCAUUGAUUUUGAUGCCUUAAAAGAACAUUUCAUUAAAUUGCAAAAGGCACAUCGCGAGCAACGAAUUGUACAGCGGAAACGUAGUGUUAUUACACCAGACAGUAAUUAGUAGACUUGCGAAUGGUAUGUCGAAUGUCUAUUUAUAUAUAUUAAUUUUACACCUGUGAUUAAGCGUAAAGUGCAAAUUUAUUGCUUUGUAUGUAUCUAAUAAAAUGUAAUCCCAAAUGUUUCAUCUUAA